GACAAAGGUUCCUCACUCUGAGGGCAAGGUUCCUCACUCUGAGGACAAGAUUCUUUUCUCUGAGGACAAGGUUCUUCAUUCUGAGGACAAGGUUCUUCCCUCUGAGGACAAGGCUCUUGACUCUGCGGACAAGGUUCCUCACUCUGAGGACAAGGUUCUUCACUCUGAGGAGAAGGUUCUUCAAUCUGAGGACAAGGGUCCCCACUUUGAGGACAAG